AGACUAAUCUAUCUAAAAAAAAAAAAGAACAAGACCAUACAACCAUAGGCUUUAAACUUAUAAAUAAAAUUGAGAAUGGAAAUGAGGAAUACAAUAAAUAGACAACAACCCAUGCAACCAAAUAGUAGACAACAGGCGAACAACUCAGUGAGAAAAAAAAGGCACCCUGGGAUGAACCUUUGCUGGCCCCUAAAUAAGAUCAGUGACUCCUAGAGUCACACCGCUAUCCGUUGGACUGCUGAGACAAAAGGGAAGUAACUCUGCAUUGUACGAAAUGUCUCAAAAAUCUGCUAUAGUUUCUAUGCCAGAGCCAGAAUCCUCAAAUAAGAAAACAACUGAACUUAAGAUUGGAUUUAUUGAUAUAUCAGGAUAUUCACCAACUAUGCAAUUCAUCCUGCUUACAGCUGCAGUGUUUGUUUUUUAUUUAGUAUAUGGUUAUAUGCAAGAACUAAUAUUUAAACUGGAUGGAUUCAGACCAUUUGGUUGGUACCUUACCUUGGUACAGUUUGGACUUUAUACUUUAUUUGGUCUUACAGAACUACAGUUUAAAGCUGACAAAGAAAGAAGGAUUCCACUCUCCUCCUAUGUUGUGAUAGCAUUCUUAACAGUAUCAACAAUGGGGUUGUCCAAUACCUCUGUAGGAUAUUUAAAUUAUCCAACACAAGUUAUCUUUAAAUGUUGUAAACUUAUACCAGUUAUGUUAGGAGGAGUCUUAAUUCAGGGUAAAAAGUACAAGUGUAUAGAUGUAACUGCAGUAUUAUGUAUGUGUGUAGGAUUAAUUUUAUUUACUCUUGCUGACAGUAGUGUAUCACCUAGUUUUAAUACAUAUGGUGUAAUAUUGAUAUCAUUAGCCUUACUGGCAGAUGGUGCUAUUGGUAAUGUACAAGAGAAAGCAUUAAAACAAUAUCAAGGAUCUAAUUCAGAAAUGGUAUUAUAUUCAUAUUCAAUAGGAUUUAUUUACAUAUUAAUUGGUUUAGUUUUAUCAGGAAGAUUGCUUCCAGCAUUUGAAUUUUGUAAAGAUUAUCCUGUGGAGACAUAUGGAUAUGCUGUGAUAUUUUCAAUUUCUGGCUAUUUUGGUGUAAAUAUAGUAUUGACAUUAGUCAAGUCGUUUGGUGCUUUGAUAGCUGUUACAGUUACCACCUGUAGAAAAGCUAUAACUAUAAUUCUGUCAUUUAUGUUCUUUGCAAAGCCAUUUACUUUUCAGUAUGUGUGGUCUGGUUUAAUUGUAGUGUUUGGAAUCUAUUUAAAUGUAUACAGUAAAAACAAAGAUUCCUGGGAUACAUAUUUAUUAAUUAAGUACAAUGAAGUUAAAUCAUUACUAGGAUAUACGAAGACAUACAGAAAAUAUCCAUCAGCAACCACAAAUGUAUAACUUAUAUUGUGAUAUUUAUAGUUAUGCAAAGAAAUAAUCCAUGGUUUUCAUUGGCACUGUGUCAAUCUAAGUGGACAGAAUCAAACAGACGGUGAAUUGUCAGAGAGCUUAUAUUGUUAAAAAAUUGGUGCAUGUCUUUCAUAUUUGUUUUCAUUGUUUUGAUAUGAAUUAGGCUGUUAGUUUUCUCAAUUACAUUAUUUUAUAUUUGUCAUUUCAAGCCUUUUAUAGCCAUUACAACUAUACGGUAUGGGUUUUCUAUCAUUGUUGAAGGGUUGCCUAUAAUUGCUUUCAACCAGUGAAUUUGAACUCUUGUAGAUAGUUGCCUCAUUAAUAAUCAUUCAUCAUCAGCUUAUUUUUAUACAGUUUUGGAUUUUUUCCUUUUAAUUAAAUGGUUGAACAAGUGUUAUAUGAUGAUAAAUUUGUCAGAUAUUACAAAAAUGUUAGAUUCCACAGAAAUGUCCGAUUAACGCAGAUUUUGAUUAACUUCUUUAGUAUGUCAUUAAAAAAGAAAGGUAAAUUUUUUGACAUAUUCAUAGUCUAAAAUAUUUCAAAAAGAAAGAAAAAAACAUUUUCAUUAUUAAAUGUUACUUUGUUUUUCAUUUCAUCACUUGAUGGGGCACUAACUGUCAAGUUCAUGUUCACCGAUUCUAAUCAUUCUCAUAUUUAUAUAUAUAUAUAUCUUUGCACGUUAAGAACUCUUGCAACAUCUCUUUUGAGGGGUUCCGUAGGUGGCCUGUUGCAAGGCAAAAUUUCUGUCCCUAUCCAAUAUACCCUCAUUUUCCAGUGGCAGUCCAAAUUUCCCCGACCAUCACCCUCUAUUAUAACAACCUACCUUUUGUGUUUAUUGUUAACUUGUUCUUGUCCUGAAUUUGCAUGAAAUAUUUGCCACUGGACGUUAAGCAACCAACAAUCAAUCAAUCAAUCAUAUUUUGAUUUAUAACAAUGUAAAACAUUUAUCCAAGCUAUUAAAAGUCUAAAUAAAACAAUAAACAAGGCACAGGCAUGAAAAUACAUAGCUUCAUUUUGUGUGUAUUUGAAUCUAGACGCAAUCUAAUUAUUUAUCGAGUAGACCUUUAUAGUAAACAUAAAUAUAGAUAUAAAUACAGUAAGCAAACAUGUGCUGUUGAAUUAUUCUAGGUCUAUUAAACUUAAUAUUACAGAUACCAAAAUAAAUGUUUAUCAUCAUUUUUACCUGUAUUAGAAUAAAAUUGAGAAUGGAAAUGGGGAAUGUGUCAAAGAGGCAACAACCUGACCAUAGAAAAAACAACAGCAGAACAUUAGAAUGUUUACUUGUGGAUCAAAUCAGUCAAUCAAAUGAUUUAUCUUUGUUUCACUUUCAAUGUUGACAUUUUCUUCCUUUAAAUAACUUUACACAUGCAAUUCACGUGUUAUUCAUCUCAAGCUAAGGGGUUAAAUUAAAGUUCACAUGAAUACGGAUUCACUGAGGUUGAAAUUAUUCACUUGCAAGUGAAUAAUUCAUAAUCAAUGUUUUUUUGCUUAUUUUGAUAAAAUUGAACCUUAUUGGCUACUAGAAAGGAAUUAUUAUUUCACUAUUUGUAUUUCAUUACUGAUUGAGCCAUAAAACAUAAUAUUUGGUUUUUCAUAUAUCUUGUAGCUAGUGCCCCUUUAAAAUUUCCUUCCUUAUAGUAGUUUAUCAUCUAAAGUAAUAUUUUUACACAAUUUGUAAAAUCAUAGCAUCAUGGCUUCAUCAUAUUACAAAAAAAUUAACUUGACAUUCAUUCAUUGGAUGAAAUUACUUCUUUUGCUUCAUCAGAUGUUAUAUUAGAAAAGUUAAUAAUUUACACAUGUAGGAGUUUAUGUUAGUGGGUUGUGUACUUUUAAAAAUGAAUGUUUUGAAUCUCUAUUUAUUUUAUAUUUAUGAAAUAUAUAAUAUACAUAACUGGUA